AUGGGCAACAAACCAAUGGGGAAGCGAAAGCACGCGCAAAACCGUCAGCGCCAAAGCGAGAAUAAGCGACACAGAUUAACAAUCAUCAAACCACAUGUGUCGGCCCAGCAAAUGGAACUGACUACUCUCACCACAACUUCAUACAAUCCUCGAAAAGAGGGCCCGUAUUCGAACGCCGAUCGCAUCUUACUUCUAGGUGAAGGCAACUUCUCGUUCGCGCUCGCUCUGUCAACCAGUAUUGGCGGUGCCAGGAUAACAGCGACUUCGUACGACGCGUACGAUGAAGUCAUUACAAAGUAUGAAGAGGCGCAACGGAUCCUUAGGUGUCUCACUGAUAGUGGCGUGACUGUACAUCACGAGGUGGAUGCUCAAGCGCUACAUCAUGAGAGUGAGGUGGGGAAUUCCGAGAGUAUUGAGCAUCAAGACCAUGGCCUAUGCUGUGAGAAGUUUGAUUUGAUAGUGUUCAAUUUCCCACAUGUGGGUGGCUCGGUUGCUGGUGAUGUGGAAGUGAAUAUAGAGGUUCUGAAGAGCAUGUUUGCUAGCACCAGACUCUUAUUGAACCCUGUGUCCUCACGAUACUCCAAAGGUGGCCAGGUGCACGUGACGCUUAGGGAUACGCCCUUCUACCAAAGCUGGAAUAUUGAGAAGAUUGGGAACUCUCAGGGGUUCGCUCUGAUACGCACCGAAGAAUUUGAGAGCGACUCAUUCGAGCGAUUAGGAUAUGCACCACGUCGUACAAAUCCAGCAGUGAGGGAGGCGCCGAGUGUAGACAAUGCGCAUCGGUAUGUGUUCAGUAUAGACGAGUCAAAUACAAUAGAGAGUUUUGAGGAGAAGGAGACUAAACAGCAGCCUGAAGGGAAUGAGUUGAUUUCCGAGGGUCAAGGACCGGCGGAGGAGGAGAAUGAGAUAACGUCUGUGAAGAUCAACAAAAAGCAAGUGGCAAGGGUAGCGAAGGACACAAAAGCCCAACAGAAGGGCACGAUGCAACAAAUCCAGACCACCCAUCAACGUAACCAGACAGCAGUCGGCAGUGCGGCGAGAGCUGCAUUGCACGCUAAGGCGUUGAUCCAGUCUUCGAUCACAACUAAACCCAGUGCACUAGGCGAGGCGAAGGUCAACAAGAAGCAAAAAUCACAGGGAAAGGUCGAUGUGGCCAAUAACAGGAAGAAUGGUACAGGCGACAAGCAAAACGGGCCAAGGUCCAAGGCACCCGCGAAUGGGACGGCCAAAACCAUGAGUAGUGACUAUAAGACUAAAGCAGGGAAGAAGAUAGGUGGAAGUAAACUUGUGCAACGAGGCACGGGUGGUGGUAAAGACAAAGACGCAAAGCGCAAGCCAACGACCAAAAGUGGCUUCAAAGUCUCACGUAAUUAGAUUUGCUGACAACUUAGAAAUAAAUUUAG